GUGAUUAAUCCGACUGCUACUUGUCAUCCGUCAGUAGAGUUCAUCUGAAAAAAUCCAGAAUCUCCUUUUUAGGGAUCAAGUACUGCAAGUGCAAGAAGGCACUAAACUGUCCUGAACUCUGAACGACUCGAUUAUGGUGAUAUAAUUGUGCCUUUAUCUAUCAACUACCUAAAUAUCGCUGUUCUAACUUGAGGACAACCUAUCCCAGACUUGAAUCAUGGGGUUGAACAACCUUAGUUUUCUACUGAUAAGCUGUUGGAUUGUAUGUAGUGUUCUAUCACAAAUUCCUGAACAGUUAACAGCACAAAAUCCAUGCAUUUCCAAACCAAAUUGUCAUGAUUGUAUUCAAACACCUUCAUGUGCUUGGUGCUUUGAUCCCAAAAGAGAAAGUGACAGGGCAAGAUGUUUCCAACCCGCCUAUGAUAUCAACCCUAACCAAGAACAGUGCCCUGAAGAAUUCACUUUCAACCCAGACAACAUCAUGAGUCUAGUUUCAAACAUGGCCCUGAGCAAAGCUCAUGGAAAGGCAACUGCUGCCGGUGGAACCAUAGAAUCUGGAUUUUCUUACUCGAACUCUUCAUCCUCCUCAUCUUCAUCGUCAUCUUCCUCAUCAGCAAGUGCAGGCGAAGAAAGCAAUUGGUCAGAGAGUGGAUCCAAUCAAAUCGUACAAAUAUCUCCACAGAGAAUCAGUUUGAAAUUGAGAGCGAGGCAAUCUUACAGUAUAUUCAUGAAUUACACUCAGGCUGAAGACUAUCCAGUAGAUCUUUACUACCUUAUGGAUCUCAGUAAAUCUAUGUUGGACGAUAAGGAAAAACUAUCAUUGUUGGGUGAUCAGUUAGCUUGGACUAUGAGGAACAUAACCUCAAAGUUUGCCCUCGGUUUUGGUAGCUUUGUCGAUAAAGUGAGGAUGCCGUAUGUCAGUACGGUUCCUGAAAAGUUAAAACGUCCUUGUACGGAUUGUGUUGCUCCCUAUGGAUAUCGUAACCACAUGACUCUGAGCCAAAAUACAGCGCAAUUUUCAAUGAUGGUGAAACAAGCCGAGGUAUCAGGUAAUUUGGAUGCACCUGAAGGGGGUUUUGAUGCUAUUAUGCAGGCCAUAGCCUGUAGGGAACAGAUUGGAUGGAGGCAGAAAGCUAGAAGGCUCUUGGUGGUGUCAACGGAUGCUGGAUUCCACUACGCUGGAGAUGGAAAACUGGGCGGCAUCGUCAAACCCAACGACGGAGAAUGUCAUCUGGACACCAGAGGUUAUUACACCCAUUCCAAUUCUCAAGAUUACCCUAGCGUCUCCCAAAUCAACGCCAAAGUAAAGAAGAACGCGAUCAACAUCAUCUUCGCAGUUACUGCCGAUAAAACAGCCGUCUACGAACAGCUCAAAUCGCAUAUAGAGGGCGCCUCUUGCGCUACCCUAUCCAGCGAUUCGUCGAACAUCGUCGAGCUGAUCAAGAACCAGUAUCAACAGAUCUCUUCCUCUGUGGAGAUGAGGCACAACGCAUCCUCCGCCUUGAACAUCAAGUUUUUCACCAAGUGCCUCAACAAAGAUGGCGCUAUGGUCAACACCAACAAGUGUGGCAAUAUUAGGGUUGGUGACAUCGUGAAUUUCAUGAUCCAAAUAGAGGUGGUGAAAUGUCCAAAGGAUCCUAAAGACUGGAAAGAGACAAUCGAGUUCUAUCCAGUUGGUAUCAAUGAAACCCUAGUUGUCGACCUUGAGAUGUUGUGUUCCUGUCCUUGUGAACAACCCGAUAGCCCGAACUACCAGAUAAACUCCCCCAUCUGCCACAACCACGGCACCUACCAGUGCGGCAUAUGCGACUGCAACUUCGGCUCGUUCGGCCGCUUCUGCGAGUGCACCACCGACAAGAUAAGCCAGAACACGACGCGCGGCUGCGUGCAGCCGGGCAGUCCGAGCGGCCUCGAGUGCAGCGGCCGCGGCAGCUGCAUCUGCGGCCGGUGCGAGUGCGAGGCGCGCGGCUACAACGAGCGCAUCUACGGGCCGUACUGCGAGUGCGACGACUUCAGCUGCGAACGGCACAACGGGCAGCUGUGCAGCGGUCACGGCGUCUGCGAUUGCGGCCACUGCAUCUGCCAGACCGGAUGGUCGGGCAACAACUGCGCCUGCAGCGAGGCGAAGGAGGAGUGCGUCAAUCCUGAAAACAAUGAGGUCUGCUCUGGCCAUGGGGUUUGCGAGUGUGGAAUGUGCAAGUGUCAAGUCAUUUCUGAGGGUAGAUACUCUGGAAGGUAUUGCGAGAAGUGCCCCACUUGUUCAGAUAGAUGCGAGGAGUUCAAGGACUGCGUUCAAUGCCAAAUGUACGAAACAGGACCAUACAACAAGGAGGAAUGUCUCGAAAAAUGCAAACUUUUCACUCCGAUAGCAGUCGAUAAAGUAGUCGUCGAUGAGAAGAAAAACGAAAUUUCCUGUGCCUUCUACGAUGAAGAUAACUGCCGCUACGCUUUUGUAUAUUACUUCGAAGCUGGGCAUUUCGUCGUAAGAGCUCAAGAACACAGAGAUUGCCCACCGAAGGUGUUUUUGCUGGGAAUCAUUUUGGGAGUUGUCGCAGCCGUUGUGUUGAUGGGCUUGGCCAUUGUCCUACUUUGGAAACUCUACACCACUUUGCACGACAGAAGAGAAUUCGCCAAGUUUGAGAAGGAACGCAUGAUGGCCAAAUGGGACACUGGCGAGAAUCCUAUCUAUAAACAGGCGACCUCGACCUUCAAGAACCCCACUUACGCAGGGAAGAGUUAGAUCUGAGUGUUUCCGAUAUUCUAAACACCUUAACUGCCAUUUGUUGUUUUCCAACAGUCUUCAGAUGCCAUAUUGUUUUUGCGGAUAUGAAUAUUUAGAGUUGGAGGUUAUGUUUAGUACCUACAUAGGAUGGCGUGUCUCCUGAAGAUAUCCCUGAAUAUUCCGGGCUUUAUAUGUAUGUAUAGUUGUAAUAGUGCCUUAGAUUUAUACUUCGUACUUAAAGUGUAAUAUUUAUCUAAUAUGUGAAUUUUUAACUAUUUACUGUAGAAAUAAUGCAGCUUAUAUUUUUUGGAAUGUUUUUCACUAGAUGCUUCCUGUAGUUUGCAUCGUUUUCGUGGCUGGACAGGUAUUUUAUUUCAGAUCUUUUACCAUGAAAACCUUGGAAAUUGUCUAUCGAAAAGUAUUUUCUCCAAUAAUUACUAACUUUAACUGUUACUUCUUCAUUCAAAAAUUCUUAUUUUCAAAAUAUCCUAUAUUUCUGUUUCUCAUAAACACGAAAACGUAGUAAGUACAAAUAAUCCAUACUCAGCUGUGCAUAGAAUUGAAAUAUUGAUGCCUUAUAUAAAAUAUAAGAAAGAGAAGUAUUUUAUUCCUUUCUAUAUACUUUGAAAUUUUUUAAGCCAGUGACUGUAUCUCGUAUUCAAAUAGAUCUAAGACUGAAAUUCAAUAUUAGAAUAUUUUGUCUGCCACAAUUUGAAUUUGCCAAAGACUAAUGAAAGAAGUCCUGUUUUUCCUUUUGGACAGCUAUUAUAUAUCUUGAAAAGGUUGUUUUCAGUUAAUAUUAAGCAUAUUAUGGAAUUGUUAACAUAGAAUUGGGACUACUUAAUAUUUAUAGAAUUUUUUAGAUUUGUAAUUAUUAAAAUUAUACUAAUUGGCCUUGAAAAAUCUGAAUAUAUUUAUUAUAGAGUUAA